UUCUGCUUAAUGGAGAGGACAUGGCAGCGCUAACUGGAUCUCAAGCUAUUAUGAAAGACUACAAUAAAUAUCUGAGGCCGAAGUUUAAUGAAAAGCCUAUUGAAAUAGCAGUAAGUCUUGAAGUGGCGAGCAUUGAUGCGGUUUCAGAAGAAAAUAUGGAUUACACAGCGACAAUUAAUCUACGGCAAAGGUGGACAGAUGAGCGCCUUGUGUUUGAAGGCAACAGAAGCAUUACUUUGGAUGCCCGGCUGGUAGAAUCCCUUUGGGUCCCAGACACAUACAUAGUAGACUCUAAAAAGUCAUUUUUACAUGAUGUGACUGUGGAAAACCGCCUUGUAAGGCUUUUUGCUAAUGGCACUGUAUUGUAUGCUAUCAGGAUUACUACCACUGUGGCAUGUAAAAUGGAUUUGACCAAAUACCCUAUGGACAGACAGACAUGUAAACUACAACUAGAAAGCUGGGGUUAUAGUGAAAAAGAUCUCACAUAUGUCUGGAUGAGGGCCAAUGACUCUGUACGUGGAAUGGAUCAUUUACAGCUUGCUCAGUACACUGUUGAACAGUAUUACACUACAAACUCUAUAGGAAAAGAUGAAACUGGUAAUUACCCAAGGCUUGCACUGUGUUUCAUACUGCGACGGAACGUUGUCUACUUUAUUUUAGAGACUUAUAUUCCCUCUGCCUUGCUUGUUGUCCUUUCUUGGGUGUCAUUUUGGAUAUCCAUGUCUUCAGUUCCUGCAAGAACGUGUUUUGGAGUUACAACUGUUUUGGCGAUGACCACAAUCAUGAUGGGUUCUCGAUUCAAUUUUCCAACUGCUAACUGCAUCAUAAAAGCUAUUGACGUCUAUCUUGGAAUCUGUUUUAGUUUUGUUUUUGGUGCUUUAUUGGAAUAUGCAUUUGCCCAUUACUGCUCUGAACUAAAUUCUGCAGUCAACAAAGAAAAAAUAAAGAAUUCAUUGGAAGAGCCUGAACAUGACAUCUCCUCAGUUUUAAUAGCCUGUGAUUCCAAGCAACUGAACAGAAAAGAAAAUCAAACUGAAAACGCUCCAGAAAAAAACUCGCUGAAAAAUUCCGUUAUAUUUAAACUAUGGUUGAAAAUUAAAAUUAUCAGAUUGAAAAAAUUCAACGUGACAAAUCCAGAAAAUGUUGAUCGUUAUUCAAGAACUGUUUUUCCUUUAAUAUUUUUGAUCAUUAAUAUAAUUUACUGGACAUAUUAUCUUUUAAUAUAA